CUGCAACCUUUCUGUCUGUUCUCGGGAAGAGCAAAACAAACAAUCCAUGGCGGGAGCAGCCGCAGCAGCAGCAACAGCAGCGCUAGGGUCAUUUUCGUCAUUUCACAUAUCCACAUCCAUCUUCGUGAACCCUAGCAGUUUCAGCUGCUGCAGAAUCCUCCGGACGAAAAUACCCCGCUUCGUCAUCCGUGCAUCCUCAUCUUCUUCUUCAACUCCUCCUCCAACCGAAUUCAACAUCACCUUCGGUGUCGCUCCGAAGAGCGAUCCCCCAAAAUCCAAUCCUCACGAAUCGCCAUCCGUUCCGCUCUUCAUCCCAUGGAUUGUCCGCGACGAGGACGGCAACCUCAAACUCCAAUCCACUCCUCCAGAUUAUCUCAUCCAGGCCAUGGCCCACGCCAAGACGACAUCCGGCAAGAAGAAGAAGAAGAUGGACACGCCGAAGGUGGGCCCUGCAGGUGCCGCUUCGAUUUCUAGCGAGCCGAAGCAUUCCAAGGCUGCCCGGAGAUUCUACAACCAGAACUUUAGGGAGCCACAACGCCUCAGCAAGGUUCUCGCUGCCGCUGGAGUGGCAUCAAGACGGAGCAGUGAAGAGCUUAUUUUCGAAGGCCGUGUGACUGUUAAUGGCUCUGUAUGUAAUUCUCCUCAGACUCGAGUUGACAUUUUCAAGGAUGCUAUCUAUGUUAAUGGGAACCGCAUUUCUAAGAAGCUGCCUCCAAAGUUGUAUUUUGCCUUGAAUAAGCCAAAAGGGUACAUUUGCUCAAGUGGAGAGAAGGAGUCUAAAUCUGUGAUGUCUUUAUUUGAAGAAUAUUGGAAGAGUUGGGAUAAAAGAAAUCCAGGAUUACCAAAGCCACGAUUAUUUACUGUUGGCCGUCUUGAUGUUGCUACAACUGGGUUGAUUAUUGUUACAAAUGAUGGAGAUUUUGCUCAAAAACUUGCACAUCCUUCAUCUAAUUUAUCAAAGGAAUACAUUGCAGCUAUAGAUGGUAGCGUCAAUAGGCGACACCUAGUAGCGAUCAGUGAGGGCACAAUCAUUGAAGGCAUCCACUGUGUACCAGAUUCUGUGGAAUUACUGCCAGCACAGCCAGAUAUGUCAAGGCCUCGACUUCGCAUUGUGGUUCAUGAAGGGAGAAAUCAUGAAGUUCGUGAACUUGUAAAAAAUGUUGGGCUUCAGAUUCAUUCUCUAAAACGUGUGCGCAUAGGUGGAUUCAGGCUUCCAUCAGAUCUUGGCCUUGGAAAGCAUGUUGAACUAAAACAAGCAGACCUCAAUUUGUUGGUGAGUGGGAAGGUUCAAACAAACGCUUAAUCAGAUGGGAUUCAUUGUUGACAUACGUACUUUGAGGCUUGGGAGCCCAGUAGACACCUUUACCAUGCAUACAUGCCCACCUGUAGAAGUAUGUUGCACAUCUGAGAAGUGCAUGAGGUGCUCCCACUGUGAAGAUCGCUUGCAAAUUAAUUACAAUUGUCCACUCAUUAGCUGGACCACAUGAACAAUGGAUGUGGACCGUCAGUUUUUUUUUAACCUUGUUUUCCUAAACAAUCAGUUGCAUAUAUUGAUCUUCAUGUUAGGGGCCACCUUGUGCUCUGAUCAGAUGUCCCCAUACAAUAGCCAAGCCUGGAACACGUGUGCAUGUGAGGGUGCAUCCAAAGAGGGUGCCUGUGGGACGAGGCAAUCAGACAUCUUUCAUCCUGGCAUGUGCAGCUUCUUAUCUAUGAUUUCUGCAGAAGACUUGUUUAUUUAGCAACAUAUCAGUAUCAGCAAGUAAUUCAUGUCAGGCAUGGUAAAUUCCCAAGUCACCAUGUUUGGCUAUGCAGACUUAACUCAAGAAGUCGAGGCCUUCCAUUCCAUUCAUUUGUAACAUUUUGCAGGACUGGUAUUAUAAUGGAAAGUU